AACCACAAACAGCGAAGCAUCGUCUCCGUCCACGGCUUCCAUUCCUCACACAGUGGGCGAAUACAACCGCUGACGGAAGAGGUGAUUGGCUGGUGUCUGUCUCGUCUAAUUGGCUGCAGGUUUGACUGAGGUCAUGUCCCGCCUCGUCCUCUGGGUGUCCAUCGUCGUCGCUCUGUGGUCGGCGUCAGUGCUCAGUCUGUCAGUGUUCUCGGACGCUCCUGAGGCUCACAUGCUGCUUCGAUCCCGCCGGGCGAACUCUUUCCUGGAGGAGCUGAAACCUGCUUCGAUGGAGCGCGAAUGUGUGGAGGAGAAAUGUGACUUUGAAGAAGCACAAGAGAUUUUCCAAAACCGGGAAGCGACGCUGGAGUUCUGGACGGUGUACACAGAUGGGAACCAGUGUCAGUCCAACAUGUGUGUCCACGGAGCCUGUGUGGACCUGUACCAGGACUACGCCUGCCGCUGUAACCACGGAUACGAGGGCAAAUACUGCGACCAGCCUCAAACGGCCACGAACUGCUCGGUGGAUAACGGCGCCUGUGACCACGACUGUUCGGAGAGCAAGGACGGCCUGACGAGGCGCUGCAGCUGCGUGAGCGGAUACAAACUCAACGACGACUCCAAGAAAUGUGACCCGAAAGGUCCCUCGUCCUGCGGUCGGCUGCUGAUCGGUAGGUCGUCGUACACGAAGCCGCAGGACGGCCUGAUGCCCUGGAUGGUGGGAGGGGAGGUGGGAAAAAAGGGCGAGAGUCCCUGGCAGGUGCUCAUGCUGAACGCCAGAGGGCGUUUUCACUGCGGAGGCGUCCUCAUCGAUGAGAGCUGGGUCCUGACCGCCGCCCACUGCCUCGACAACACCUUCAGAGUGAGCGUGCGGCUCGGUGACUACGAGCGUCACAGAGACGAAGGCACCGAGGUCACCCUGAGUGUCAUUAAGACCUUCAAACACCCAAACUACAACAGCAGGACGGUGGACAACGACAUCGCACUGCUGCGCCUGCAGGGCCCUGCCCCCUUCUCCCAGUACAUUGUCCCCGCCUGUUUGCCGACACGCGAGAUGGCCGAGCGGGUGCUCCACCUGAACGGCACCGUCACCGUGGUGACCGGCUGGGGCAAAGAAGACCUGGACAGCACCAAGUUCAGCUCGGCGCUUAACGUCAUCAACAUCCCGCUGGUCGACCGCAGCAUCUGUUCCCACCAGAUGUCCCACAACAUCUCCAACAACGUCCUCUGCGCUGGGAUCCUCGGACAGAGGUUGGACGCCUGCGAGGGGGACAGCGGCGGGCCGAUGGUCACUCUGUACCGAGACACCUGGUUCCUGAUCGGCCUGGUGUCCUGGGGCGAGGGCUGCGGCAGGGAGGACAAGCUGGGCAUCUACACCAAGGUGUCCAACUACAACGAGUGGAUCGACAAAGUGCGUGAGGACUGGGACAAAGGACACCAUCCACAAGAGCCCCCGAGUGUCUGACCCACCUCGACCCCCAACAGUCGAUUAGUCUGGUCUGUUAGACCACGUCCGGGUCUCAGUACAGUCCAGGUCUUCAUCAAUAAACUGGUUCUGUCUAAAGA